GAUGGUGUCGCCAUGAAGACGCUUUCCGAGCAGGGAGUCAGGAUCAGCAACAAGAAGCCCCGCAAGGCAAGCAGCACUGACAACAUGCUGUACGGCCGCUUCGUCAAGUCAGCCACGCUCACAGCAUGUGGGGAGGAGCCCACGAAGCUGCCCGCCGGCUCGGAGAGCAGCGAGGAGGAGGAGGAGAAGCUGGACCUCUCCUCAGCCAGGAGGUUGACGGACGAGGAGCUGAUGCGAGCAUGUGGGGGCCGCACGGCACACAAGGGUGCCCGUCACGGCCUGACCAUGAGUGCCAAGCUGGCACGGCUGGAGGAGCAGGAGCGAGCCUUCCUGGCCACGUACCGACGCAAGGAGUGGCAGCGUGAGCCCCCGGAGAGCAGCCCCCCAGCAGAGAGAAGGGAAAAAAAGAAGAAAAAAAGGAAACAGUCCAAGGAUGGAGCUGAUCCUGACAUGCUGCAGAGCCAGGAGCCGUGCGGAGAAGAGGAGGUGGGGUGA